UCCUGCCGUAAAAGACCAGAAGCAUGCAAACACAGGCAAAUGUUUCUGGGCAGAAAGAGUGAAAAGAUUGGCAGCAUGAGGUAAUCUCAGCGGAGUCGCAGGCCGCCGGACACGGAACCCACAGGACAGGAGAGCCACCCGGAGGUAGAGACCAGCGCCUCAACAUGGAGUACACGUUCAGAGCGGUGACUCACAAUCCCGGCCUCCUCAUCUGGAGAAUCGAGAAAAUGGAACUCGUGCUAGUCAACGAGAAAUCGCAUGGGAAUUUCUAUGAAGGUGACUGCUAUAUACUACUCUCUACCCAGAAGUCCGGGGCCACGGCCAGGUACGACAUCCACUACUGGAUCGGCUCGGCGUCGUCCCAGGAUGAGCAGGGGGCCGCCGUCAUCUACACGGUCCAGCUGGACGACUUCCUGGGCUCCUCGCCCGUCCAGCACCGCGAGGUCCAGAACCACGAGUCCGACGCCUUCAGGGGCUACUUCAAGAACGGGAUCAUCUGUAAGAAAGGCGGGGUGGCGUCAGGCAUGAGACACACGGAGACCAACAGCUUCGACGUCGAGAGGCUUCUCCACGUGAAGGGACGGAAGAGAGUCAUGGCCAUGGAGGUGGAGAUGUCCUGGGAGAGCUUCAACCUGGGGGACGUGUUCCUGUUGGACGUGGGCAAGACCAUCGUCCAGUGGAACGGGCCCAAGAGCAACAGACAGGAGAGGCUGAAGGGGAUGCUGCUGGCCAAAGACAUCCGGGACCGCGAGAGGGGUGGCCGGACCGACAUCCUGCUGGUGGACGGGGACGCUGAGGGUGGCGCCCCGGUGGGCAUGGACCUGAUGGAGGGCGUCCUGGGGAAGAGGACCUCCGAGCUGAAGGCCGGAGCGCCGGAUGAGAAGGCUGACCAGGAGCAGAAGUCGAAGCUGGUCCUCUACAAGGUUUCUGACGACGGCGGUAGCAUGAAGGUCACAGAAGUGGCCACCACGCCACUGGUCCAGGAUCUGAUGAAUCAUGAGGACUGCUACAUCGUGGACCAGGGAGGGUCCAAGAUCUUCGUCUGGAAAGGGAAGAAGGCGAGCAAAGCAGAGAGGCAGGCGGCCAUUUCCCGAGCUCUGGAGUUCAUCAAGGUGAAGGACUACCCCGCCCACACCAACGUGGAGACCGUCAACGACGGGGCGGAGUCUGCGCUCUUCAAGCAGCUCUUCCAGAGCUGGACGGUGAAGGACCAGACCCAGGGUCUGGGCCGGACCAACACCAGAGGGAAAGUCGCCUUCGUCACCCAGGAGACGUUCGACGCCGCCCAGAUGCACCUGAUGCCCGAGGUGGCCGCCCAGCAGCGCAUGGUGGACAAUGGCAGCGGGGACGUCGAGGUCUGGCGCAUCGAGGAUCUGGAGCUGGUGGCCGUGAAGCCAGAGUGGCAAGGGUACUUCUUCGGAGGGGACUGCUACCUGAUCCUGUACACCUACCUGGUGAACAGCAAGCAGCACUACAUCCUCUACAUGUGGCAGGGCCGGCAUGCCACCACGGAUGAGCUGGCUGCCUCAGCCUUCCAGGCCGUGGACCUCGACCAGAAGUACGGAGGAGAGCCGGUCCAGAUCAGAGUGCCCAUGGGCAAGGAGUCCAAGCACUUCAUGUCCAUAUUCAAGGGCAGGAUGGUCAUCUUCGAGGGGGGCACCUCUCGGAGCGCCGGCACCGACCCCGAGCCCCCGGUCCGGCUGUUCCAGGUGCGCGGCUCCGACCCGUCCUCCACCAAGGCCACGGAGGUGUCGGCGCUGGCCAGCUCGCUGAACUCCAACGACGUGUUCCUCCUGAAGAGCCAGUCGGGGAUGUUCCUGUGGUGUGGGAAGGGCUCCAGUGGAGACGAGAGGAACAUGGCCCGGCAGAUGUCCACCGUGAUCGGGAAGGGCAGCGACUCUGAGCUGGAGGUGGAGGGCCAGGAGUCGGUGGAGUUCUGGAGCCUGCUCGGAGGGAAAGCCCCCUACGCCAGCGAUAAGAGAUUGCAGCAGCUGGUUCCGGACCACCCGCCCCGCCUGUUCGAGUGCUCCAACAAGACGGGCCGCUUCAUGGCGGAGGAGAUCUCCCAGUUCAACCAGGAUGACCUGAGCACGGACGACGUCAUGCUGCUGGACACCUGGGACCAGGUCUUCAUCUGGGUCGGCCAGGACGCCAACGACGUCGAGAAGAAGGAGGUCAUCCCGACCAGCCGCGACUUCCUGCGCACACACCCGGGCGGCCGAGACCCGGACACGCCCAUCAUCCUGAUCAAACAGGGGUUCGAACCGCCCACCUUCACGGGCUGGUUCGCUGCCUGGGACCCCUUUAAGUGGAGCGGAGGGAACUCGUACGAGGAGAUGAGGAGGGAGCUCGGGGACUCGGCCCCGAUACCCGUUCAGGUGCCCAGCAGCGUGGAGCAGAACGGUGGAGCUGAGGAGGAGGCGAACUACGACCCCCACCCAGCGGAGGAGCUGCUCCACAAGCAGAGCUCUGAGCUGCCCGAAGGGGUGGACCCAGCCCACAAGGAGAAGUACCUGUCGGACGCAGACUUCCAGGAAAUCUUCCAGCUCUCCAAGGGGGAGUUUGUGGACCUUCCCGCCUGGAAGCGACUGAAGCUGAAGAAGGAGAAAGGGCUGUUCUGACCUCACCUCUCCUCACCGCUGUAAACAGGACUUUGAUACUUUAAGUCCACUUAAAAUGACAUUUUUUGUUACUUUCAUAUGAUGUAUUCAUGUGUCUGAUAUGGAGGCAUUAUCACAGUUCAUCGUCUGAAUGUUAUGCGUGAAUUCAAUGUUGUAAGUUAAGUUCAGGAAGUAGGUUAGGUGUGCUUAAUAUAGACAUACGAUAGCUAGUUAUUAGAUCUGUUUUAUUCCAGGUUAUAUGCUUGUCAUCAGUAUGCAUGUCAGUAAGAGAAGCAAGACAUAAACCCAUGUUCUUUUCAUCCGUCAUAUUCAUCUCAACCUCAAAAUAAACACAUUUUCUUAUUUGAUAAAGACUUACCUUUGCAUAUCGUUGUUCUGAGGGAUCUUGAGGGCCAAUAUCUUGUAUAUUGAAGAGUAGCAGUUAAAAGGUUGUGUUUUGCUUCCUGGUUAAAUUGUCUGCAACAGUUUCAACAUUUCUGGAAUAAAGUGGUCCCGUGAAU